AUGGAAGUUGCGGGUCUCGCAGCCGGUGCUGUAAGUCUUGCAGGUCUCUUCUCAGGUUGUGUCGAUUGCUUUGCUCUCAUCCAAGCUGGUCGUGCUCAUGGACGGGACCUCGAGAUUCUGGUCACCAAGCUCGAUGUCGAAAAGACACGCCUCUUACAAUGGGGUGAUGCAGUCGGCUUGCUAAGCACAGAUCCGAAAAAUCGAAAUGCAUUACUUGACACAGACCAUACGCGACCUGUGAUCGAAAGAGUGCUCCAAUGUAUUUUCAUGCUUCUGACAGAUGGGGAGAAAUUACGCUCAAGAUACGGUAUGCUUGAAGACAAGCAAGGAGCGGAAUCGAACAACAUACCCAUAGAGUCGACCAUGGUCAGUCGAUCAAGACUAUCUGCCUUUAGGGCUGCGUAUGCCAACUUUCGCAAUCGAAUUACUUUACAACAGAGAAAUGCAAACCACUUGGCCAAAGUAAAGUGGGCCAUCCGGGACCGUGAAGGCUUUAGCAAUUUGACGCGGGAUCUCCAUGAUUUCAUCGACAACCUACGAGAUCUUGUUCCCGUAGCACCCAUACUUACUCGACUGCUGGUGAAAGAAGACAUGGACAGUCUACCAGACGACCUUGGAAUGCUUCGACUUGUGGAUGAAGCAUGUAGGGGAAGAGGGGAUGAAUGGUCCGAUGCAGCGACUUCCCGACUUCAAAAUACCGAAAUUGCCUCAGAGGAUGCUCAACGGAUUAUGGAAUGGAGACAAGACAUACAGAGAGGAGAUGGAUUGACUAGAACUUCGCCAGCAGACACGGUUGGAUCCAUGGCAGCUAGCCCGGGUCAGGAAAUGCUGCCAAGAGCAGGCAAGCAAUCCGUCGACGGAGAUGCUCAGCCAGAAACUGCGGGCUGGUUCCCACAUCAGAAUCGAUUAGAGACGAAAUCAUUGUUGAGCGCUGAUUCUUCGUUAGGAUCUACACUCUCACACGCACACAGGAAAUCAAUGUGGGUGCUACAUGAUGAUGCACUCGAAAGACAUCUCCAUGAAAAUGGGAUACACCUGAAGUAUCAGAGUCUUUUGGAUGAUGAUUGUAUAAAGCCGAACAACAUAACGUACAUCAAGCGGCAAUUGACUAAAGAACAACUCGGCCUUCCUUCCUUUCAAGACUUCAAACACUUCAAGCAAUUAGAAAGUCGAGAAAUCGGAGUGGAUGCCAGAUUGAACAUGACGAUUCAAUUCCUAGUUGGCGACAGGACGCCAAGAGAUAUAAAAGCUGUGUCAUCGCUAACAAGUCAUACUUUUACAUCCAUUGAACCUCUUACAGAUGGGAGAAUCCCCACUCCAACGCCGGAUUUCUGCUAUGGUGCCAGUAUCAGCCAACUUAAUAUUCAUGCAACAAAAGAGCUCAGCCGCCAUAUUCUGCCCUCUAGAUCCAUGAAUUGCCCGAUCGCGCCGAAUUUCUUCCUAGAAGUGGCCAGCAACCAUAGGGAUACUGCAGAACUCGGAAUGACAGCGUGCUAUCAUGGUGUCGUAGGUGCCCGCGGCAUCCUCGGUCUUCAGUGUUAUGGUGAAUCUGAGUAUAUCUUUGACGGCUGCGCAUACACCCUUAGUGCAACGAUGGAUGACACGACCCUGAAAAUAUAUGCCAUUUGGCCAACUGCACCAUCAUCCCCUCAGAUUCACGAUUACCAAAAUCGAGCGGACUUCCACGAGGCAUUAGCAGGCGUUUGGCUCAUGACUUAUUCUGUACAGUGUUAUUAUGAGGGCUUGACUGCGUUGCGGAAUGCGAUACGGUUGACUGAAGAAUGGAGAAGAAUAUUUAUUCAGAACGCGAAUGCCAAGUAUGAAACAAGGGUAAAGCACUGA